GAGAGAGAGAGAGAGAGAGAGAGAGAGAGAGUCCGCGGAGGAGAGGAGGACGGAUCGGAGGCAGAAAGCAGGAGGCUGCAGAACUGACUGCAGAUCAGCCACAACAGACAGUCUUGUGUUCACUUUCUCCCCCAGGUUAAUCCACUCCCUCCAGCCCGCCUCCAGCACUCCCCGGACCGGCUUUUUGUCGCCAUGCCGCCGGCCGCCUGCUCGGUCGGAUACCGACUCCGCAUCACCGUGUCCGCGGCGCUGUGGAUCGGGCUGCUGUGGAGCCGCGUCUCCGCGGGAGAUAAAGAAGUCCCCACAGCCGCCCCAUCCACCCAGUCUCCGGCGGUGACACCAGCGGGCACAAAGGAAAGUAGCGCCAAAGCCAAAAGCCAGUGGGCUGGAGGUUUGCUACAGUCGGUGCUGACUCAAAAAGGACGCCUUGUCUCCCACAAAGGGGAGACCCUCCCCUCCUCUCUGCCCCAGAACCUGCUCCCUCUUCUGGGCAGAGGACUCAGCGUCAGCUCCCUCCCUGGAAGUCAUUCCCUGGAGCAUGAAAGCGGGGGAUUACUGCGGAGCGUGAAACCCCCGGCAUCAGCUGCAGUGUCAGGCCGGGGCAGCCGUCCAACUGAGCCUCUUCCCACGGACACACACUCCACGCUGCCGCACACACAGACACACACUCCUGAGCGUGACGAGAGCACCGCUGUGGGGACGCCGCUGCUGGACAUGGACGCAGAGACAGGGACACCUUCGCCAGGUCUGUCGAGCUGCAUGGUGAAUUUCUCCGACCCGGAGGGAUACAUCGACUCGUCUGAUGACCCCCCUCUGCCCGACGGCUCCUUCUUCCACUGCACCUACACUGUGACCGUGUACACCGGCUACGGAGUGGAGCUGCAGGUGAAGAGUGUGAACCUGUCGGAGGGCGAGCAGCUGUCCAUCAGGGGUGCAGAUGAACGAGGCACCGUGAUGGUCCUGGCCAAUCACACGCUGCUGGUGGAAGGCCAGGUGAUCCGCAGUCCCACCAACACUCUGUCCGUCUACUACCGCUCUGCAGCGGACCCGAGCAUGGGCAUCUUCCAGCUGCACUAUCAGAUCUUCAGGCUGAGCUGUUCACUGCCGAAGAGGCCUCACUUUGGGGAGGUGUCGGUGCUGGACCUGCUGCCUGGAGGCACCGCCCGCUUUCACUGCCACAUGGGUUACCACCUGCAGGGGGAGCCGCUGCUCACCUGCCUCAACGCCUCGCUGCCCGUGUGGAGUGGCACGGCGCCCAGCUGUAGGGCUCUUUGUGGAGGAACUGUGAAGAACGCUACAGUAGGGCGGGUGCUGUCCCCUUCCCCCCACCACGGGCCUAAUGCCACCCAGGACCGCUCGUGCUCCUGGUCCCUGGAGGCCCCCAAGGACCAGAGGCUGCACCUCCACCUGGAGAGACUGUCCCUGGGAGCCACCGACAGGCUGGUGCUGUGGAGCGGGCUGGACGCCGGCUCCGUGGUUCUGUUCGACUCGGGCCGGAGCGGGCAGAUCCCUUUCGAGGGAGUGAUCAGUGAAGGACCAGCGGUGAGGAUCCAGUUCAUCACGGAUCUGCCCAACCACAACACGGGAUUCAACAUCCGCUACGAAGCUUUCGAGCGAGGCCACUGCUACGAGCCGUACCUCCAGAACGGAAACUUCACGACCUCCGACCCGCUGUACGGUGUCGGCACUGUGGUCCAGUUUACAUGCGACGCGGGUCACGCUCUGGAACAAGGCCCGCCCGUCAUCGAGUGCAUCAGUGCGAGGGAUCCCUACUGGAAUGACACAGAGCCGCUAUGCAAAGCUCAGUGUGGGGGCGACCUGACCGGUCCAGGUGGGGUGAUCCUGUCCCCAAACUGGCCCGAGUGGUACGGAGAGGGAGAGGACUGCAGCUGGAGGAUACAUGUCGGCGAAGACAAACGGGUGCUGCUUGAUGUUCAACUACUGAACAUCAGUGACAGCGACAUGGUGACCAUCACCGACGGCGACGAGGUCACGGCUCGCAUCCUGGGCCGCUACGUCGGGGGAAGUGGCCCCUUCAAGCUCUCGUCCACCACCCCCGACCUGACGGUCACCUUCCACUCAGACCCAGCGGGGCUCGUCUUCGGCAAGGGAGAGGGCUUCAUCAUCAACUACAUGGAGGUGUCCCGAAAUGACUCCUGUCCAGACCUGCCUGAGAUCCAGAACGGCUGGAAGACCACAUCCCACAUUGCGCUGGUGCGCGGGGCUCGGAUCACUUACCAGUGCGACCCCGGCUAUGACCUGGUGGGACGGGAGACCCUCACCUGUCAGUUAGACCUCUCCUGGAGCUCACAGCCGCCGUUCUGUGAAAAGAUCAUGUACUGCUCAGAUCCUGGCCACGUGGAGCACUCCACCAGGUCUCUGUCCGACCCCAAACUCUUGGUGGGGACGACCAUUCAGUACAGCUGCAAGCCCGGCUUCAUCCUGCAGGGCGGCGCCACCCUUACCUGCUACGGCCGCGAGCCGGGGACCCCUGUGUGGACGUCUCGACUCCCUCACUGUGUUUCUGAGGACUCUGUUUCCUGUGAGAACCCCGGUCUCCCUGACAACGGCUACCAGAUCUUGUCCAAGAGGCUCUACCUGCCCGGCGAGUCACUCACCUUUGUCUGUUACCAAGGUUACGAGCUCAUCGGCGAGGUUGCAAUUAAAUGCAUCCUCGGGAACCCGUCGUUUUGGAGCGGCCCACUUCCACUCUGCAGGGCCAACCAUGACUGCUUUGGCAACCAUGCUUUGGAAGUUGCAGAGGCGACUGCAGGCUCCACUCUGGAUGGAGGGAACAUAGCGCUGGCCAUCUUCAUCUUCGUUCUUCUGCUGACUGUGCUGCUCGGAGGGGCUUAUGUCUACGUCACACGGUGCCGAUAUCACUCCAACUUGAGGCUUCCUCUGAUCUACCCCCACCCUUACCGACAGAUCACCGUGGAGACAGAGUUUGAUAACCCGCUCUAUGAGACCGGAGGAGACACUCGUGAAUAUGAGGUGUCGAUAUGAGAAGACGUUUCUGAACCGAGAACCGACCCGCCCCGUCCUAACUCUUCAUCCCGUCCUCCCUCCUUCUCCGCCCAGGAGGAGGCGAUGUAAAUACAGAAAGAUGAUGUCCGGCCCCUUCUGCCACGAGACGCAGUGAUCGGUUGCGUUCUCUCCUCCAGCUUUUGAAGACACGGUGGGAAACAGGAGAAGAGAGAUAGACUAGAGUCAGUGUUGAACUUUUUGUGGAUCAGUGUCGCCGGGAGAUGGUGGGAGGACGGAGGGGAGAAAGACCCAAAGAUCAUCGAAGAACAUCGAACACGGUGAGAAAAGA